CAGCAGAAAAAUCUUUGCCCGUUACAUAUGAAUGCAUACAUCACCUUUGAUUUAUCCUUUGAUAGUAAAUCAAUCAACCCAGAAAAGAACAAUCACAUUUACUCGCUCCUUUAUUAGAGAGAGGGGAGGAGAGACAGAAAUCUGACUUUCUGUUUCUUCGAAACCAAGCAAAAGCAAAGAAAGCGAAAUAGUGCUAAACAAACAGCCAAAUAAAAACCCUAAUCCAACCUCAAACCCUAAUCCUCCGGCACCGACGCGCUGGUAUUCUGACACUUACGUAGCCGUCGGGCCCUGUUUCAUUUCAUGGCCUCUUCCACAACAAUGUCCUCUUCGGUUGUGGAUUUCGGGUGUUCAAUCACUUCCCCCAACCAGAUGCAAUCCAAACAACAGCCACACUCUAUUCAAAACCCUAGCCCAAACACUCACAAACCAAAUUUCGAUUUCACCUCUUUUUCAUCCAACACCAACACUUCGUCAGACCAAAGCCAAAGUUCGUCACACGCUGAUUCAAAGACUACGAGUAGUUCCAAUCUUGGUAAGGCAAGUGAAGGUGGCUUCAAUUCCAACCUUCAUUCGCCGUUCGCUUCGGGAAUGAGUUCAGAGAAGUCCAAUUUUUCAGGUCGAUCGAAGCCCAGGCUCGUGAAGUUGAGGAGACAUUCAGGUUCUCAACAUGGGAGGUCAACAACAGUGCCUCCACAAAAUGAUUCGGGUUUCAAUCCGUUUCGGUCAGUGUCUGAGAGUUCCGAUCGAGUUAAAGACGCUACUAUCACAUCCAAUGGGUUCGGUGCUUCAAUUGUUGAUGUCAAGAUCGGAGCCAAUAAUGGUAACUCUGUGUCGAAUUCAAAUUCGGAACAUAGAGAGUCUAGUGGAAGUGCGCCACAAUCGAAUGCUUCUGAGAUUGGUAAGUUCGAAAACGUGGGUUUUGUCUUUGAUUCUAAUAGGAAUACUUUGUUGACGAAUUUGAAUUUGGAGAAUAGUCAGUCUGAAAGUACGGGACAAUCUGGUGCUAAUGUAGAUUUUGUGUUUGGUGCCAUGAAGAGUGAUUCGGUCCCAAAUUCAAAGUCUCAACAGAGAGAAUCUAAUGUAAGCAUGGAUUUUUUGGGCGCUGUCGGGUCUGGGAAAUUUAAUAACGCGGAUUUCGCGUUUGGUGUCAAUAAUAAAGAUUUGGAUUCGAAUUCGAAGUCAGAACAGUUUGCUAAAAAAUCAGAAGAAAGAGAUGCCGGUGAAGGUUCUAGAAAACUGUCAGCUUGUGAGUUUGGGAUAUCUGAUAUCAAGUCAAACUUGAAUUCUGAAUCAGAAGAGAGUGGAUUUGUGUUUGAUUUCAAAUUAGACAGUUCAACAUCAAGUUUGAAGUUGGAAACAAUAGAAUCAAGUGAAAAUGUGGAAAAAAAUGACGGUUUAAGGGGCAAGAGGAAAGAAGAGAAUAAAACAGAGUUCAGAAAACUCGAUAAGGGGGGUUUUGUGUUUGAUACUAAUCAUAGAGAUUCCAAAAAUAAAGAAUCCAGUGAAAAUUUUGGAUUACUGGCCUCUGAUAUGAGGGGGGAGAUGAAAUUAGAUUCCGAAGCAGAUUCUGGGAAUUUAAAUAAUGUGGGAUAUGUUUUUGGCCAAGAAUGGACUGACCUAGGGCCAAAUUUAAACUCGGAAAAUAGUAAAGCCGGUAAAAAUGUGCGAAAAUCAGUUUCUAUUGACAGGCUGAAGAUGGAAUCUGGAGAAAAGUUGGGGAAGUUUGACAAUGGUGGUUCUGUAUUUGGUGCUUAUCAGAGUGCUUCAGCACCACACUCAGAUUUGCACAAUAGUGAAUUCAGCAAAAAUGUUGGGAAACCAGUAUUUGAGGAUAGGGGUCACAAGAUUGUAAAUAUUGAAACAGGGUUUCAGGAAACAACACCUGAAGGUGUUUUCAUAUCAGGAAAUAACAGUGAGAAAAAUUCCAGUUUCAGUGGUCGUAUUAAGUUCUGUGACGACACAAACAAGGUAAAUGGUGAUGACUCUGGAUAUUACACGGGCUUUGCGAAGGUUCGCAAUUCAGAUGUUAAUAAUCGUUGUUCCAUUUUUGGAGGUGGUAUUGGUACAGCUAGUGCUUCUGGUGCAUGUGCAAGCCCAGUACUUAUACUCACAGAUGAGAUGAAGAAUUUGAAAAUUGUUGAUCAUGAAAAGGUUGGUGAUUCCGACAUAAGUAAAGAUUCUAAUGUCAACUCUUGUGCCAAUAAUAAUUUUUUAUUUGUAUUUGGAAGUAACAAAAAGGUUUCUGGUUCUUCUACCAGUAGCUCAGGAACUGCUUCCAGUCAUCAGAUCAAAAAUUCAAAUUCAGAAGGUCAUGGGAGUGGCAGUACCUUUGAGAAGUCUGAAAAACAUGAGCUUGAAACUGGUGACCUGAAUUCCUUUGUAUUUACAAAUGUUAAUGAUGCUUAUUCUUUAGGUGGAGGUUUGGAAAAUUUGGAGUUAAACGGAAAAGAGAAUAAAAACACCAGAAAUUCAAUGGGAGCUACCGAUGAAGAAAUAAAUUUGGGGUCCCCUUCCCAAAAGGAAAAGCAACCAAUAAAUGUUAAUGAGAAGAGCUCCGAUGACCCUUCUAUAGGUGUCUCUACUCCUAAAUCAUUUAUUUUUCACGCAAGGUCAGCUAAGAGUUUUGAUGGGCCUCGAGAUCAAAAGAAUGAUGAUGUCAAACUGAAUAAAGCCUCCUCCCAGUCUUCAUUUUCUUCAAGUGGCCUUGCUUUUGAAGCACCUUCUACAGCUGAAGUAGAAGAUGGGAACAAGUUCAGUUUUUCAAGCACGCUAAACUUUAGAAAACCAAAUCUGGAUGUGCCUUGUUCAUUUACAUUGAAUCUGUUUCCUGGGUUAGAUAAGACUAUGGAAUCCAAUGCAAAGAGUAGAUCAACCAGGGACAAGGGAUUGAAGAAGACAAGGGCGAAGUUGAGGCUGGCUAGUCUACUUCAGGAGCAGUCUAGGCAAGAUCAAAUGUCAAAAGAAGGCAUUUCCCAGCAUAUACCAGAGUCUCCUGGACUUUAUUCACCCAUGGAUUUUUCUCCAUAUCAAGAUAAUAACUGUGCACCUUCUGCUGGGACCUCUACAAUUUCUACUCAUUCAAAGGAUGAAGAUUUGGUUGCUACACGAGAAGGAGAUGAUAUCAAGGAAGCUGACAGCAAAUAUAGAAAGCCAAAUGAGAAUGGUUCCAUGAGUCACGGUGAAAGUAGUUGUGUUGCUGAUUAUCUGUCAGAAAAGUUUGUUUCUAGAGUUGACACUGAAUGCAGUAAUGCCAAAAUUGAGCAGGUCAGCAUCAACGGCAGUGCUGGUGCUGUGGAAGAUAAAGCUGGUGUGUGUUCAAAUAUUAAGAGUGAAGAAAGUGAUUGUAGAAAACAGUACCGUUUUGCUUCAAGUUCCGAAGAUACAGGUAAAAGAGAUUUUACCUUUUCGGCAAUCUCUCCAAAAGCUAAUGUAUCAGCAGUAAAGCGUCAAAACAAAAAGAAAUAUAGGAUUAAAGUUGGUCGAGUUUCUAAUUCUACUACUCCAAGUCAAAAACUUGAGUUUUCAUCUUCCUCGGUCCAAUUUUCGCCCCUUUCGUGCACUUCUUCUCGGCUCAAUGCGGCACAGGAUAAAAAGGAAGAAAAAUUUGAAUUCCAGAGCAAAAGGGAGAAUAAAUUUAAAGCAUUUGAAGAGCUUGUCAAGCAAGCGCCUGCCACUGCUGCAGCUCAGGAUGCAUGUGAGAAGUGGAGAAUCAGGGGAAAUCAAGCUUAUAAGAAUGGAUAUUUGUCCAAAGCUGAGGACUUUUACACAAAGGGUGUAAAUUGUGUCCCUCAUAAUGAGGCAUCAGGAUGCUGCCUUGAGCCUCUUGUGCUGUGUUAUAGCAAUCGUGCUGCUACAAGGAUGUCUCUUGGGAGGAUGAGGGAAGCCCUACGUGACUGUCUGGUGGCUGCUGAGCUAGAUCCUAACUUUCUCAAAGUUCAAAUUAGAGCUGCAAAUUGUCAUCUUGCCCUGGGGGAAGUCGAAGAUGCGCUGCAAUAUUUCAGAAAGUGCUUGGAAUCAAAGAGUGGUGUAUGUUUGGAUCGGAGAAUUAUGAUUGAAGCUGCUGAUGGCAUACAAAAGGCUCAGAAAGUGGCGGAGUGUACAAAUCGUUGUGCUGAACUUUUGCUACAGAGAUCUUACGAUGCUGCAACUAGUGCAUUAGGCAUAAUUGCGGAGGCCUUAUCGUUAAGCACUUACUCAGAGAAAUUACUUGAAAUGAAAGGAGAGGCUUUUUUCAUGCAGCUGCGGAAGUAUGAAGAGGUGAUUCAACUGUGCGAGCAGACUCUUGAUUUUGCUGAAAAGAAUUUUUCUGUGUUAGUUGCUGAUAACAAUUCAGCAGAGGCAGAUGUUUCCAAAUUCAAAAACUCAUUUGUAAGGCUGUGGAGGUGGCAUUUGAUGUCCAAAUCCUACUUCCAUCUGGGAAGGCUUGAGGUGGCUCUUGAUUUACUUGAGAAACAAGAACUGUGGACAUCUGGCAGUGACAAGUAUGGAAGCAUGCCUCAGGGAUCAUCAACUUUAUUAGCUGUCAACGUACGUGAACUUUUACACCGCAAGAAUGCAGGGAAUGAAGCUUUUCAGUCUGCAAGGCAUACAGAAGCAGUCGAUCAUUACACUGCUGCUAUAUCAAGCAGUUUUGAAUCACGUCCUUUUGCAGCUAUCUGUUUUUGCAACCGUGCAGCUGCACAUCAAGCUUUGGGGCAACUUGCUGAUGCCAUAGCAGAUUGCAGUCUAGCCAUAGCUCUUAACGGAAAAUACCCAAAGGCAGUUUCUAGAAGGGCCACCUUACAUGAGAAAAUUAGAGACUAUGAACAAGCAGCUAGUGACCUUCAGAGACUUAUAUGUGUUCUUGAAAAGCAAUCACAGGAAAAGGUUCAACAGUCAAGCACACCAGAUGGACCAAACGGCAGCAAUGUAAAAGAAUUAAGGCAAGCUCGCCGUCGUAUUUCCUUAAUGGAAGAAAAGGCUAAAAAGGGAAUAUCAUUGGAUCUUUACCUAAUUUUGGGAGUUAAAGCAUCUGAUUCUGCAUCUGAAAUUAAAAAGGCAUACAGGAAAGCAGCACUGCGACAUCAUCCAGACAAGGCUGGUCAAUUCCUGGCAAGAAGUGAGGGUGGAGAUGAUGGGCAACUCUGGAAGGAUAUUGUAGAAGAAGUCCACAAGGAUGCUGACAGGCUUUUUAAAAUGAUUGGAGAGGCUUAUGCAGUACUUUCAGAUCCCAGCAAGCGCUCAGAGUAUGAUCUUCAGGAGGAACUGAGGAGAGCUCGGAAGGAGAGCAGUGGAAGCAGCGCUUCUGGAAGACCAUCUGAUUUUUACAGCUCUCCAUUUGAGAGCAGUCCCAAUAGGCGAUAUUGGCAGGAAUCUUGGAAGACAUAUGGGAACUCGCCACAUUCUCGGUGGUAAGAAGCUGUAAUAUCUAAGUUAUCCAAGCUAUAUAUAGUUGGUAUAAGGAAAAAAGGUACAGUUGAUUGACAUCCCAAAGUGCAAUGAUCGAUUGAUGGGAAGUGGUUAGUACUAUUCUAAUCAGAUCAUUAGAUGACCCAACUCCGCGAUGGUUCUGAUCAUUUGAUGGGAAGUGACUGAUGCCCGCUUUGUUAGAGAAUGAAAACUUUUUGAAGGAACUGCAGAUUAUGAUUUCUAAAUUGAAAUAUAUGAGAAAAGUCGGGGAGAGAUUUUGGUUUCUAUACACAGUUAAACAUAUUCUAGAGUAAUAUACUACCUUGAAGAUUAGAUGGCACAUUCAACAAAAUGCUUCAGCUAAUUUCAGUGGCAGAAGAAGAAUGGUGCUGCUAACUUUAUGUUACUUACCUCCAUGCCCUGGAAGGGAGACCUUUUGCAAAACUCCGAACUUCCGAUGUGAAAUCAGUAGCCUGAAACAAAAUACUGAAGAAAUUGAUUUCCUUGAGGUUUUACCGGAAACCAUUAUUGUGCUGGAGAAAAGUUGAAGAUGGCCAAACAUGAUCAUAUGAUUAUACUGCCGGAGAAAAGUUGGAAGAUGGCCAACAAUUGACAUGCUAGUUGGUUCUCGUGGUUGCCUAUGCUUUUUUCAUUAUUCAAAGAUGUAAAGCUUGAUCCAUUGUGAUCCAAACAAUGGUUCCAAGUUUUUUUACUGAUCCGUCAUUGAAGUAAUGUAGCCUAUACUGUCCAUGAUUAUUUUACAUCCCUGUUUAGAUGGAAAAUAAAUUCAUUUCAUUUCAUUUU